AUGGGCUUCUUGGAUCCCUUCACCAACGCCGGGGCGUCGCGCCCGUCCAAGCACCGCCGCGAUGCCUCCCGGUCGCGGAAGAAGCCGUCGCCUCGCUCGCGAUCCAGCUCGCGCACCCGGGGCGCCAGCUCCGCCGCGGAAGGUCUCGGCGGCGGGCCGACCGGCGACAGCCACUACGGCAAGCGCAACUCGUCGACGGGGUCCUUCUUUGGCGUGGGAAACCUCAGCCGCUCCAGCUUCUUCAACUUUGGCAACCGGUCGUCGUACUACAAACGCUCCCCGCGCCGGGGGUUCAUGCGGCGAUCGUACAAGCGGCUCCGGCGGCUUGUCCGCGACCUGGUGCACUACGCCAAACGCCACCCCUGGAAGGUGCUGCUGCUCGUCGUGGUGCCGCUGCUCACGACGGGCGUCCUGGGCGGCCUGCUCGCCCGGUUCGGGCUGCGCAUCCCGCCGGUCCUCGAGCGCCUGGCGGGCUUGGCGUCCCGCGCCGCCGCGGGGGACUCGCUCGGCCUGGUCGGCGACGCCGUCCGCAUGGCGGGCGAUAUGGGCGGCAGCGAGCGGCGUGCCGGGCAUGCCGCGCGCGCCAGCAGCGUCGGGGCGGGGACCCCCCACGGCGAAGUGCGGUGGGAGCGCCGGACGAGCUACGGGAGCUACGGCGGCGAUCUGUACAGCGGCCAGCGCGGCGGCCGCGGGUACCGGGGGGACGGCCGCCACCGGGGCGAUUACCCGGGCGGUGGCGACUGGUGGGGCGAUGCCGUGGCCGACUUUGCCAAGAGGUGGUUCUGA